UGUAUUCGUGCCUUCUUUGCAAACAUUCUCAUUAUCUCAUUUCUAGGGUUUUCUCUUUUCACUAUAACUCGAAGUUAGAUCGGUGAGAGGAGAGAAUUUCGUCGAGAGCGGGACCGUCGGAGUCUCAAGGUCCGGUGAUGCAGAGGCGGAUAACACGGACGCAAACAGCUGGAAACCUUGGAGAAGCCAUUUUUGAUAGUGAGGUUGUACCUUCUUCUCUUGUUGAAAUUGCUCCUAUUCUUCGUGUUGCUAAUGAGGUUGAGAAGACUCAUCCUAGAGUUGCUUAUCUCUGCCGGUUCUACGCAUUUGAGAAAGCUCAUAGGUUGGACCCGACUUCAAGUGGUCGUGGUGUUCGGCAAUUUAAAAAUGCUCUUCUUCAACGUUUAGAAAGAGAAAAUGAUCCAACAUUGCAAGGAAGGAUAAAGAAAAGUGAUGCCUGUGAGAUGCAGAGUUUCUAUCAGCAUUACUACAAAAAAUAUAUCCAAGCUUUAUAAAAUGCUGCUAAUAAAGCUGAUCGAGCACAACUAACCGAAGCAUAUCAGACUGCUAACGUUCUUUUUGAGGUUUUGAAAGCUGUUAACAUGACACAAUCUAUGGAAGUUGACCGUGAUAUUUUGGAGACUCAAGAUAAAGUUGCUGAAAAAACAGAGAUCUUAGUUCCUUACAAUAUUCUUCCUCUUGAUCUUGAUAGUGCAAAUCAGGCGAUAAUGAGAUUUCCGGAGAUCCAAGCUGCUGUAUUUGCUCUUCGUAACACGAGGGGUCUUGCCUGGCCAAAGGACUACAAGAAAAGAAAAGAUGAAGACAUUCUGGAUUUGGCUUGGGGCAAUGUAUGGGUUACAGACGCACAAGCGACUAAAUCAUAUCCAA